GUAUUUGUUUUGCAGAUUAGUAAUUUAAAAUUGUUUGAUCUUGAAAAUGAACUUCGGUAUAAUCGCCUUUGGCACAUUAUUUGCCGUUGUGGUCAUGACCGUAUCAAAGCCUUCGACAGCAGCAUCUGUCGCAGCAUUGAGCAAAGAUAGAUUCAAUGACACUAUUCUGAUAAACUCCACCACAACUACCACCGUUGCACCAGUGAAGUUGACAACGAAUACUAUUCAGCUGAACUCCACCCCGACUACCACCGUUGCACCAGUGAAGCCCAAAUCUAAAUUCAAGCGAGUCAUCUAUUGCCAAAACUAUUGCGAAUGGAAUCACUUCAGAGGAAGAUAUUUGGGGAAAUGCGUCAAUAAAAGAAAUAAAUUUCAUUGCCAUGUUUGUCGGAAAAAGGGAUGUAAAAAGUUUUUGGUUCUCGGAUAAACAAAUUUUCAACUUUGUAUGCGUUUCAACUUUGUACCCUGUCUAUGGCAAAACGCAUCCAACUUGCGUUCGAACGAUGUAUUGCAUUGUAAUGAAAAGUCAUAAAUGUCAUAAUAAAAAUUGCAAAUAUUGUGCACACAGAAUACCAUGAACAUAUAUAAACGAUGAAUGAGUUUUUAUAAAAAUAAAAGAUCAAUUUUGAGACUUGUAUGUUGACUUUUCGUACCUUUAUCCCUGUUAAUAAUUCAGCCUUCAAAUCGAUUUAUUUAUUGUUUUAUUUAGUUAUGAUCGAUCGUUGUAAAUAGUUUUACACGCAACACAAAUUUUCUUGAUUCAUAUGUGUGCAGAAUAUAUGUGUAUGUGUUAUGUGUGUCUAAUACAUUUUUAAAUUCGAA